AUGGCUUUUUUUUGCCCUAAUUGUCACAAUAUUGUUUUAGUUCAUAUUGAAAAUGGCGUUUAUUUUUAUUGUAAAUCAUGUAAUUAUAGAUAUAAAAUAAAAAACAAAAUAUAUAAUAAAUUUGAUUGUCAAAAAUAUAAUAAAACAAUUUCCUUAGAUGCUGUGGAUAUGAGUAAUAAAAAUAUGUCUAAAACACAAGCUGUUUGCCCCAAAUGUACAAAUGAUGAAGCUUAUUUCUAUAGUUUACAAAUAAGAUCAGCAGAUGAACCCAGCACGAUAUUUUAUAUUUGUGUUAAAUGUAACUAUCAUUGGAAGGAAUAA